UUAGCAGUUUAUAUUUACUAAAAUAAUUGCAUUUACAUGUUGUGUGUACUGUGGGAGACCAGAUAUAGUGAAUGCAGGGUCUGGGGAGACAGAUAUAGUGAAUACAGGGUCCGGGGGAGACCAGAUAUAGUGAAUGCAGGGUCCGGGAGAUCGGAUAUAAUGAAUGCAGGGUCCGGGGAGACCAGAUAUAGUGAAUGCAGGGUCCGGGGAGACCAGAUAUAGUGAAUGCAGGGUCCGGGGAGACCAGAUAUAGUGAAUGCAGGGUCCGGGGAGAUCAGAUAUAGUGAAUGCAGGGUCCGGGGAGACCAGAUAUAGUGAAUGCAGGGGUCCGGGGGAGACCAGAUAUAGUGAAUGCAGGGUCCGGGGAGACCAGAUAUAGUGAAUGCAGGGUCCGAGGAGACCGGAUAUAGUAAAUGCAGGGUCCGGGGAGACCAGAUAUAGUGAAUGCAGGGUCCUGGG